AUGACAGGAUCAAAUUCCGGCCCAUCCACGUCCGUGACAUCAGCGGAAACAUCACCGCGUCGAACCAGACAGCUGACCAGUGCGGACCCUCGUGUUCCGAAUGCAUCACCACAUCAAGGCUUUUUACAGCCUCCUUACAGUCCCGCGGGCUUGCUUCAAACUGUGAAAAACACACACGGACAGUGGUACUUACCAGAUAUCAACCCGACAGAAAGAAACGGAGAAGUGCGACGGGUCACUUUGGAACAGACACCGUCUGGUUACACGAUUAAAGAACUGAACCAGUCGCGCUACUAUCCAACAAUUGCCCAUUUGAUUGCAGCCCACUGCAGUCAAACGAACUCACUACCAUGUCUCCUACGAUUGCCCGGAUACAGUCCGGCGUCCAUAGGACCGAGUUGUGUUGGGACAUCUGCUACCGGCUCCCCUACAGGAGUAGCCAACUUUUCGAUGCGUAAUCGUUUGGCAGCCCCACUGAAUGGGGCCAGUGGUGCCCUUGGAGAAUGUCCGUCUACCACACCGAUUCAGCGUUCAUGGACUAAGCGCAUUGGAUCCCGGGAGAUGACUGACCCGUGGGCAGACAAAGCCAUCAUCCCGCCAGUUCCUCCACAUCGAACCCCAAACACGAAUUCACAAAUACGAAAACAGUUACAACGUCCAGUUUAUUCAUUACUACCUCAAGGGGCUGGUUUGCUAAAGUCUUCUACUACAGAUUUAGGUUACCUUAAGAACUUCCCAAAUUUUAGAUGGAAAUCCCUGGAGCUAUAUAACGAAGGAAUUGUUGAGAGCAAAAUAUUCGGAUUUGUGGCCAUCAAUCAGGUGAAUCCAUCUGGCAGCCCGCAAUGUCAUUUGUUCUGCGAAUACGAUCUGAACGAACCGGCGAAUGUCAUCUGUGAUUUCACAAAUCGAUAUCUGAACCUACUUAACGUGUAA